AUGCUCCAAACUACAGAAUCAACCAUCAGUGAUCUUUUCAAGGACUAUGCCAUCACCGGCUUCCUUCCCAAUGCUGCCCCCCUAACGAAACUAUUGAAUCCCUAUUAUAGCGCCUGGGAAGAACUGUCCGACCGGUUACCCACCCUCAUCAAGACCAAUGAGAUCAGGAAUAAGAUUGAUACCAUGCCCAUCUGCUCGACGGAACACCUCAAAACAGAACCUGAAUGGCGGCGAGCAUAUGUGAUCAUGGGAUACUUGUCCCACAGUUAUAUCUGGGGCGGGGAUAAACCAAGUGAAAGACUCCCUCCGUCAAUUGCAAAGCCCUUCCUUGAGAUAGCAGCACACCUCGAGAUCCCUGCCUGCGCUACCUAUGCAGGUCUUGCACUGUGGAACUUCAAGGCAAGACAUCCGGGAGCAGACAUCUCCGACCCGGACAAUCUCAAGGUUCAGACCUCGUUCACGGGCGCCAAGGAUGAAGAGUGGUUUAUGGCGAUUUCAGUUGCUAUCGAGGCCCGUGGUACAAAGCUCAUCUCGCUGAUGAAAGAUGCGAUGAAAGCAGUUGCUGUGAACGCUACGGAUAUUCUCACUGCGUUGUUGUACACCCUUGCCGAUGGACUCAAUGAUCUCGCUAUCAUUCUCAAGAGAAUGUAUCAGCAUACUGAUGCAGCCUUCUUCUUCCAUCAGCUUCGACCUUUGCUGGCUGGUAGCAAGAAUAUGGGCCAUGCCGGUCUGCCGAAGGGUGUUUACUAUGACGUUGGUGGAGAUGAAAAACCCGAGAACUGGCUCCAAUUGAGUGGUGGUAGUAAUGCGCAGAGCUCAUUGAUUCAAGCCUUUGAUAUCUUCCUUGGAGUCGAACAUUCUGCGACGGGCGGGAAGAAAGCAUCUGGGCCUACAUUCAUUCAUGAGAUGCGCAAGUACAUGCCUGGUCCUGACCGACGCUUCCUUGAGGAUCUGACUACUCGAUCAAACAUUCGCUCUUUCAUCCUGUCUGCUGGGGAAAAGUCACCUGAACGGCAAGCAUACAAUGAGGCUGUGAAUGAGCUUAUGAAGUUCCGGGAUACACACAUCCAGAUGGUCACCCGGUACAUCGUGCUAGCAGCGAGGAGACCUAAACCUACACAAGAUGUUGAGAAGGUCAAUUUGGCCACGGUUAGCAUGAAGGGAAGGGAUGAGUCGAACCAUACGCUUUCUGGUACUGGUGGCACAGACUUGAUGCCUUUCUUGAAGCAGACGAGGGACACGGUGCGGGAUGCCAAGUGCUAA